AUGGUUUUUAAAAUCUCAUCCAUCAGAGCACUUGAGGCUGCAGCUUGUGGCGUCUGCAGGUUAGAAGUUGAGUUUGGAGCGCCAGCCUGGACGAUUGAGGUUGUUUGCAACGACCAUCUGGGGAAGAAGGUCAGCGUUAAAUGCAACACUGAUGACACCACUGGGGACCUUAAGAAGCUGAUUGCGGCCCAAACUGGCACCCGUUGGAACAAGAUUGUCCUGAAGAAGUGGUACACGAUUUUUAAGGACCAGGUGUCUCUAGGGGACUAUGAAAUCCAUGAUGGGAUGAACUUGGAGCUUUAUUACCAAUAGAGCAGACUUCCUUUCCCCA